ACCAUGGGCCCGGCCCGGCGCUUCCAGUGGCCGCUGCUGCUGGUCUGGGCGGCCGCGGCCGGGACAGGGUCGGCCCAGGGGGUGCAGACUGAGAAUGUGACUGUAGCGGAGGGCGGGGUGGCAGAGAUCACCUGCAGACUACACCAGUAUGACGGGUCCAUCGUUGUCCUCCAGAACCCAGCCCGGCAAACACUCUUCUUCAAUGGCACCAGGGCCUUAAAGGAUGAGCGUUUCCAACUGGAGGAGUUCUCCCCGAGAAGGGUCCGAAUAAAGCUCUCAGAUGCCCGGCUAGAUGAUGAGGGUGGUUAUUUCUGCCAGCUGUACACAGAAGACACCCAUCACCAGAUUGCAACUCUCACUGUCCUUGUGGCCCCGGAGAACCCCAUAGUGGAAGGUCGGGAGCAGGCUGUGGAAGGCGGCGAGGUAGAGCUGAGCUGUGUUGUGCCUCGAUCCCGACCUCCAGCCGUGCUUCGCUGGUACCGGGACAGAAAAGAACUCCGAGGUGUGGACAGCCGACAGGAGAACGGGAAGGUGUGGAGUGUGGCCAGCACAGUGCGCUUCCAAGUGGACCGGAAAGAUGAUGGCGGCAUCGUGACAUGUGAGGCUCAAAAUGCAGCCCUCCCUCCAGGCCACAGCAAGCAGACUCAGUACGUGCUGGAUGUCCAGUACUCCCCCACCGCCCGGAUCCACGCAUCCCAGGCUGUGGUGAGGGAGGGAGACACGUUGGUGUUGACUUGUGCUGUCACAGGGAACCCCAGGCCCGGGCAGAUCCGGUGGAGCCGGGGGAACGAGUCGCUCCCCGAGCGGGCAGAGGCAGUGGCAGAGACGCUCACCCUCCCCGGCCUCACCUCCCUAGACAACGGCACCUAUACCUGUGAGGCCGGAAACAAGCACGGCCAAGCGCGAGCUCCCUACGUCCUGGUGGUCUACGACCCCGGCGCGGUGGUGGAGGCACAGACCUCGGUGCCCUAUGCUAUCGUGGGUGGCAUCCUGGCGCUGCUCGUCUUCCUCAUCAUCUGUGUCCUGGUGGGCAUGGUCUGGUGCUCCGUGCGGCAGAAGGGCUCCUAUCUCACCCACGAGGCCAGUGGACUGGAUGAGCAGGGGGAGGCCCGAGAGGCCUUUCUUAAUGGGGGCGAUGGACACAAGCGCAAAGAGGAAUUUUUCAUCUGACCCUUCCCCGCGUCCCUGGCCCGGGCCCAGGCCCUGGCUCUGGCCCAGGCAGGGUCUCCCCAGUCCAGGACGGAACCAGCAAAGACUUUGACCUGGGCCAAGGGCCAUUUGGGAGUUUUCCCCACCCCUAACGUCCAGCAAGACAAGGAGGCCGCACCUGGGCCCUAGUGAGGGAAGUUAGGGCUGGGGGCCAGAUGAUGAGAUGCCUAAGGGGGUGGGAAUGGGGAAUCAGAACACCUGGGUCCCCAAAGGGGCAGGGAGUGGGGAAUCAGGGUGUCUUGAGUCCCCCAGAAGGGGAAGAUAAGAAUACUUGAGGCCUCGAGAAGGAAGAGGAGACCUGGGUCUCUGAUGGGUCAGGGGCUGGACACUUGGGUCCAGGGUCGGGGUAGGGGGUGGGAGUAGGGG